GAAGAAGUAAAACGACUGGGCUAUUUGGUAGCUUAGCCCGAAUGUGCCUGCAAGUAUGUGACAAAUGUGAGGUUAACCACAUUUCGGACACACUCUGUACUUUAACUGCCAUUACCUGCAUACCAUGGCGGACUACCAGUUUGUUUUCGACACGGACGAAAAGCCGAAAAGGACUGUCGCUGUUUCUGUUGGUCUUGUUGUUAUUGCAGCUAGCGCCAGCGUUAGCUAAAUUAGCUAACACGACUGUCUUCGCUCUCAGCAAAACCCGAUGUUGAUUCAUUUCUGCGGGGCAGUAAACCGCAAAACAAGGUAACUCUGGAGCAAGUUGCAGCCGUAAACAACCGACCUGAGCAAUGUUUGUGUCCCGAUCAUUUACUCAUUACGUAAUUGGCCGUAGCCAGUAUUUUAGGCAAGGCUGUAGUGAACGAUUUGCUAAGAUUAUUUAAGUGAAAUUAACCACCUACCGCAGAAGACACCACAAUUAAAGAUGGUAUCAUUAGCUAAGGUUAGCUAAUACGCCUAAUGCUGCAUGCACCGUAAGCUUUAACGUGAACUAGUUUGCGUUAUUGCUGUCUAAAUGUUUGGAGAUGGAGCAGCAGACAGCAGCCAGUGAGGUGGCUCUCGUUCUUCACAGCACAUCUGUCUGAGUUGUACGUCUGUGAAAGAAGAAAUCAUGUCUUGCAAAGCCGCAACCAAGGACAAGAAGUCAAGCUUCAGCAAGAAGCUGUUCAGGCGAGGCUCUGUGCGGUCUGUGGGCAGUUUUAUGAGCAGAGUCCUGAGGACCCUGACAGCCUUAUCUCACUUUGGCUCUGAAGUGCAAACAGAAGAUGACAAAGAUGAUGGGGGAUUUUCCACGUUUAAACCUGGAAGUAAAGAUGUGCCCAUGGAUGAUGGGGACCUCGGGAGUUUACUGUCUGGAGACAGAAUUCCUGGAGUGUCUGGUCUCAAAAACCACGGGAAUACCUGCUUCAUGAAUGCAAUUCUGCAGUGCCUCAGUAACACUGAACUGUUUGCUGAGUACCUGGUUUUGGAGCACUAUAAAGACGAUGAGCUGGAUGGGGACAAACCAAAGACAAAUGGUGUACACCUGCAGAAGAAGGGCCCUCUGGCGAAAGGAGAAGUUACAGAGCAACUGUCAGGACUUGUGCGGGCUUUAUGGACGUUUGAGUAUACCCCCCAGCAUAGUAGGGAUUUUAAGAAUGCUGUGUCAAAGAAUGCCACCCAGUUUAAAGGGAAUGCUCAGCACGAUGCUCAAGAGUUUCUACUGUGGCUGCUGGACAGAGUACACGAGGACCUCAAUACUGUCAACCCCAACAGCAGGCCGGCAAUAAAGCCACCUAUUGAAGAAGAUGACCAAAGCAUAGAGGGGCCAUCUCCUCCUCUUUCUGCUGGGUCGUUUGUACAGGAACUGUUUCAGGCUCAGUACAGGUCUUCUCUCACCUGCCCACAUUGCCAAAAGCAGAGCAAUACGUUUGAUCCCUUCCUCUGCAUCUCCUUACCGAUCCCAUUACCACACACACGGCCCCUGUAUGUGACAGUGGUCUACCAGGGGAAGUACUCUCACUGUAUGAGGGUUGGAGUUGCUGUUCCCCUCAACAGCACUGUCUAUCGCCUCAGAGAUGCUGUGUCACGUGAGACCAAGAUCCCAAUGGACCAGUUUGUUUUGACUGAAAUGUACUAUGAUGGUUUUCAUCGUUCAUUUUGUGAUGAUGAUGACGAUCUUGACAUAAUUCAAGAGAGCGAUUCCAUAUUUGCCUUUGAGACACCAGAGACCUUCAAACUGGAAAACAUACGCACAAAAAGAGGAAGUCUUCUGGCAAACCUGAAUCAUAACAACUUGAAGUAUGGAACAGAAAUCAGCAGGACGCCGUCUUUCAUGCAGGGGGCCAUGACUCCUUUAACUGCAUCGCCCAAUAAAAACCUGGGACCAGAAAAAAUUAUCCUUCUGGUGUGUAACAGAGCCUGCAGUGGGCACCAAGGAAAGAGGUUCGGACUGCCUUUUGUACUGUACAUGGAGCGCACUGUGACCUGGGAUGCUCUGCAGAAAGAGAUUCUGGAGAAAAUGAGACAUCUAUUGAGACCUGGGGUCUAUAUACAGGUUGGACCUUUCAGUCUUCGGGUGGUUGGCGUUGUUGGUAUCACCUACCUCCUUCCUCAAGAUGAGCGACCAUUGUGUCACCCAACUGUGGAUAGAGCAUACAAGUCCUGUGGACAAGGGGGGCCACCACAUGUGAAGAUUGUGGUAGAGUGGGACAAAGAGACAAAGGACUAUCUGUUUGGACACACUGAGGAAGAGUACAUUCCUGAUGCUGAGAGUGUGUAUCUGCACAGGGAACAACAUCACCAGCCGCAGGCUUGCACCCUCGCUCAGUGCUUUCAGCUCUACACCAAGGAGGAGCAGCUGGCCCCAGACGAUGCCUGGCGCUGUCCCCACUGCAAGCAGCUGCAGCAGGGCCGCAUUAAGCUCAGCCUGUGGACACUACCGGAUGUGCUUAUACUGCAUCUCAAGAGGUUCAGACAGGAGGGGGACCGGAGGGUGAAGAUGCAGAACAUGGUACGGUUCCCGCUGAUGGGCAUGGACAUGGCACCCCAUGUGGUUAAGAGAAGCCAGAGCAGCUGGAGUUUACCUUCUCAUUGGUCGCCAUGGAGACGGCCAUAUGGCCUGGGUAGAAACCCAGAUGACUACCUGUAUGACUUGUAUGCUGUGUGCAACCACCAUGGAAACAUGCACGGAGGCCACUACACAGCCUACUGUAAGAACUCAAUUGAUGGUCAGUGGUACUGCUUUGAUGACAGUGAGGUUUCACCAGUAGCUGACGAUGACGUGUGUCAGCAGACGGCCUAUAUACUGUUCUACCAGCGGAGGACAGCUAUUCCCUCGUGGUCAGCCAACAGCUCUGUUGCUGGUUCCACCAGUUCAUCCCUGUGUGACCACUGGAUCAACAGGUUACCUGGCAGUAGGCCUGCUAGCUUGGCCUCUGGAGCCUCAUCCAGACGCACCUCUCUGGCAUCCCUGGCUGAGUCAGGAGAGUUUCCAGGAGAACGCAGUGAAGAUGAUGGAGGAUUCUCAGUCCGCCCUUUUGUGAGGAGCAUUCAGCGUCAGAGCUUGUCCUCCAGGUCGUCCAUCGCUAGCCCGUUAGCUUUCAGCGACAGUGGGAUAAAGCCUUCUUGGUCGCUUUCUGCAAAGCUGCACAUGAGAUCCAACUCGCCGUCGCGUUUCUCCCUCGACUCUCGAUGUUCUCCUCCUCUAGAGAGGAUAGGAGAGGCCUGCGAUGACAAGGUUUCCACGUCCUGUUUUGGCAGCUACAGUAGACAUGAACGCUACUUUGGCAGCAGGUCUCCCCUUUCUAUGAUGGAGAGCAACUUGAGUGACCAGGACAACAAUAAAAGGUUCCUCGAUGUGAUGUACUGCAGGGCUCCCACUCCAGUGGAAAAGAAGAGCACCAAAAAUGAGCCAACAGAAAACAACAACCAGAUUACAGCUGUAGACCAAAACAUUCUACCCAGCCAACCUACUCCCUCCAAAGAACAGAAACGUAAGAGCAGUAUCGCAGGAUUUGCCUCAAAGGCAGAAAGCACAGGCUCCACAAAGACUUCCAGCAAAGUGGAGCAAGAGAAAACCUCCAAAAAGCGUUUGUGCUCAACCCUCAAGACCUCCACUUCAGAGACGUCUUCCAGUACACCUGUUAAAGGCAAGAAGAUGAGCAAUACUAAAGAAAAGAGUGUAAAUGCCAAGAAAAGCACCUCUACACCCAGUGGAACUCCCUCCAAAACCAAGGAAGCAACUCAACCCGUAGAGGCAACGCCACAACAUAAGCCAUGCGUCCGUUCCACACCUCAGUCCUCAGCUUCUCCCUCACCAACGGCAAAGAAGAAUUCCAGUGUCACUGAGAAAAGCUCCACGAGUAGUCGAAAAAAGCUGGUAGAAAGGAGCUACAGCAGAGAUUCUAUGCACACUAGCCCUCUGGUCGACAGUCUCCGAAGCAGCACGGUAGCUCGCGCUUCGCCGUCUAAGAGUGGGGAAAGCAGCCGACCUGAGAGGAGGUUUGUGAGGAGCUCCAGCAGCAGCUCUUCUGUCACUAGCCUGCGCUCACCCAGCAUAUCCACCAGAGAUCUGCAGCGCAGCAGCAAACCUGAGGAUAAAGGGUUGUCUUUCUUCAAGAGUGCCCUUCGACAAAGGGAAAGCCGCCGGUCGGCUGAUUUAGGGAAAAGCACCCUGCUUGCCAAAAAGGCCUCCGAGAGGACAUGCAAGCAGAAUGGACAAGCCAAGGACAUCACUGGUGAUAAGGGAAAGACAGAAGACGCUGUGUCCUCACAGACGUCCAUAGCGACUCAUGGAGGUGAGACAAAAUCAGAGACAAAGGCGUCUUCCAAGCCCCCCAGCUCUCUCAGUCGCACUCUAUUAAACGUUGGCAAAUCCAAGUCUUCCAGUUCUGAAGUAAGUCUCAAAUCUCCCGCAAAUGGGAAGAAGCCUCUUGAAAGGAUGGCAUCUUCCCGAAAGCUGUCAUCAAGCAUGCAAUCUCCUGCACGUACAACACCGAGGCCUCAAUGAUAUAACUAUAGUACAUUGAACUCACAUAAUGCAGCUAUUUUCUUUGUGCCUAAGUUUCAGUGAGCACCAGAUGUAUUUGUAAAGAGACCAUUUUUGAUGUUGUGUUUUUUUAUACUCACAUCAGAUGCAUAUGCUGGCUUUGAGGUUUGAAUAUUGGCUGCCAGCUUUGAGUAUUUUUAGCUGUACUGGAUAAAAGAUGAAGAACACUUGCCUGGUAUGCUGCCAGUCCUAGUUUUUAAAGCAGUGUAUAUUACUAAUUACCACUUUUGAGCAUUCAAUAUGAUAUUGAUACAAGUGAGAAAAUGGAAAUGGAGUGCAGGGUGAUCGCUUGACACAUAAAAUGUUUUCUGGCAUGAAGGGUACAUGAGCAUGCCAUAUGCAUUCAGCUGUACAGCACAACGUAUUUGAUUGUGCUGACAGCUGACAGAAUUCCCUGUUGGAAUCUUGAAAUCCAAUUAUCUUUUGUUUCAGACAAGAGGCUUUUUAUAUCUUUGCAUCGUAGCAAACAGUAAGUUUCGUUUGCUUGAAAAAUAUCCUGCCGGAAAAACCUGAUUUAAGCCGCAGCAGUGUACACUAAGAUUCAUUCAGGGGGUUUAGAAAUUCACCUUGUAUACCAAUAAUGCAUCAUUUGUCUUGUAGAAUAGAAUAACAUUUUGAACUGAUACAUUCUUUCAGAAAUAAGCUGGCUGUUGAUGUUUAAACCUCACUGUUCUAAAAGUAUCAGUGAGAACUGAACCGUAACAUCAAAAAUAGUCUCUGGACAAAACUGAGUUGAUGCUCACACACACACACACACACACACACACACACACACACACACACACACACACACACACACACACAAAAGAGUUUCAUUCCGAAAUGAUUGUGGCUAAGCAUUCGUAGUAGUUUUCAUUGAUUGUUUUCAAGUAAAACCUGCAAUCUGUUUUUCAAAUACUCUCUGCAUACACCUCAAGCAUCGGUUCAUAGGGGGUAGCAUGAGAGGAUUUUGUUUAAAGCUAUGGAGGAAAAGACAUUAGUUAACGAUAUGCACUAAUAAGUCGUUUAAAGAGGAGAAUCGAGGAUUGAUGUGUAGCCGAAAAGACAAAUAAGAGACUAUUUUAAACUUCCUGAUUAUGAAAGAAUUGAAAUAGAAAGAUUAUACAGAUGGCAGGCCCUGGACAAAAACAGAAAAUUAUUUGAGAUGACAAAUCAGUCAGUACACACAUCGAGACAAAUUUUCCAAUAUUUUAAAACUUUAUUUUUGUUUAAUACGAGUACUUUUUCGAUAGAAAUGUAUUUUAUCAAGUUAACUACUUUUUUCUCUCAAAGGGACGGUGUGUUUUGGAAUGAAACCCUUUAAAAUCAAAGUAUACAAUUACAUAUAUGUGUCUGUACAAAAUAUACAGUAUAUAACCAUUUUUCCUUUCCAUGAGCAAGAAGAAAAUAAUCUUAAGCGCCUUUCAAUGCUGUACACAGAAACAAAUAAUUGCCUUUGGCAACAUUGUAGUCUACUACUGUAUGCAUCACUGAGUAGGAAUGUUGAAUUGU